CGUUUGUAGACGUGGAUGGGCGUUAGUCGACGUGUUUGUGAUUCAAAACUCUGGAAUGGUCGCUGUUGAGGUUACAAUGCGGACGGGGCUGCAUACGAGUGGACUGCUGCUCGGCAACAUAAGCAGCACGCAUUUGGAAGAAAGGGCACAAGCACAUUACGUACAAAAUAGAGCGUGAAUUGUAAAUUAAAAGUCACCAGCAAAGUCUCCACCGCCAGAGAACCCGCCACCGGCGCUCGGGUCAGCGCCAGCGGUGUACCCACCGCCGUAUCCGCCACCAUGGUACCCACCGUGGCCAGCAUCGGCUAUGGCUGCGCCAAGGGCGACGCCGCCAACCACACCCGCAGCAGCACCGAUCGCAACACCGGCAGCAACAUCACCGCCUCCGUAGCCGUAGCCAGGGCCACCAACAACUACGGGACCGCCCUGCACGUAGCCUUGUUGCACAUAGCCAGGUUGGCCAUAGCCAGGUUGAACAUAGACGGGCUCUUCGAUGACAUCGACUGUGCGGCAGCAGCACCAGUAGAUGGCAAAAACGAGCAGGACAACGCCAAGGGCAACGGCAACCCAUACCCAUGGCGAAAUGGACUUUCGGACAACGACAACUGGAGCGGGGUUCGGGCCAGAGUCACAUUGGCAGACAUUCACUUGGGCGGUUUGCGGAGCGCACUUGGCGGUAGUCGGACAGCAGCACGCUUGCGUGGUCCCAGCGCUCAAAAACUUGUAGCAGAACUGUCCUGGCACGCCUUUGUACGCGGUGGCGCAUUGCGCAGGUGCGCCGUUUGCGUUGGCACACACUUGGCAUGGCGAAGAUGGGUUUGGGAACGGCACGAGUGGAUUCGCUGCUGGCGCGGCAGUGGGAGUGGCGCCGAAGGGUGGGGCCACCGUCGUGGUGGUCUGGGCAAAUGUCAUGGCGGCAAGCGCCGCGAUACCUGCCAGGAGGACGCGUCGAAACAUGUCACCGGCCGAGGGAAUUGAAAAAUG